UAACCGUGUAGAGUGUAUUAUUGACUAUAGUUUGUUUUUUGUUUUGACAACACAUUUUUCUUGCUUUGUUAAAUAAAAUAGCUAACAACCCCUGGUAGUUUGGCCCGCCGCACUUAACUCGCGUUUUGCAAUACACGUGCUCGUGUAUUUUCCGUGGCGGCACAGUCUUAUUGGUUGGCGAAUUACGGCAGAUAGUUGGAUGCAAAGUGCGUCGUUUGUGGUUUGUUCUCGCUGGACCUCAUUCUCACAGGAUCCAUCUCGAGCUCUCUGAAGUAGUUGAUACGCAGUUUAUCGUACGCAGCGCGAGCAAUGGAGGAGGCCAAGGGUUUGAAGAGCCCAAGCGAGCCCGUGGUGGAUUCAUCAGCAUCGGAUCUGGUUUCCAUGGAUACAACGCCUAUGAAAGAGUCCAAAGACGAAGACGACGCCCCGGUGGCACUUUUAGAGUAUUUGAUAGACAUAACGGCCAAGGGGGAGCCCAAGGCCAAAGAGAAACCAGCUGUAGCCCCAGUGGCCCCCGGUGCAUCGAACGGCUUGAUAGCCACAACGACCAUGGUGGAACCCAAGAAGACCGUACAGAAACUAGACGAGUCCUCAUUGGCACAAGAAGUACCCAUGAAGAAGCCCAAGGUCGACGCUAAGCCAGACGAGACACCGAUGGCACCUGCACCGAACACUAAGCCCAUGAAGGAGCCAAAAAGCGACGCCAAUCCUGAAAAGGCCCCGGUGGCACCAUUGCAAGCGGCUGCCGUUGCCAUCACACACAUCACUGCCGUUGAUAAGCUGCGACGCUUCUGCUACAUCGGCAACACGGAAGUGGCUGUCUAUUUUUUCUCCCCAAACGAUAAGGUGACAAAAGAGAGGUUCACCGAGCUGCUCGUCCUCUGUGCCGAGAUUGGUGCCCAGCAGCUGGCGGACUGCCUGGUCGAAGUUCUGGUUAACAACGACGAUUACUUGCCACGGCGCGAUGAGGCUUUGUUUGUGUUGGCCGCGUACCUGUCGACGUGCACCAAUACUCUGGAGAGGGCGCUAUUGCGCAAAUAUUUUCCUCGGCUGGUGCGCAGAGACACGGAACUCUUUAUGUUCACGAAGUUCGUGAAGCAGGUGCAGAUAUUGCAAGGUCGCAAAACUCCAUUCAGUCGCACCAUCCGCAAGGCGGUCAUGGAGUGGUACCAGGACAAAUCGUCGGCUAUGCUGCUGCAAAUGUGGGCGAAGAACGAGAAAAUCUGCUCCUUUCACAAGGAUCUGCUGCGUCGCUGCCAUUAUUUGAAUGUGGAAAUGAUUCCCGAAAUUAAGGCCACCCUGCGGCUAAUGUCCACCCCCACAAAGGAGCUGGGAAGCUGGCCGGAGUUCCUCAAUCCCCUUGUCGAAUGUAAAAAACAAAUUGAGGGUAUUAUCAAGCUGCGUAAGACCAAAACAGCCCAGGAGGCUCUGCCGGUAGUGAAAGAGCUGUCAUUAACGUAUGAUCAAGUGCCCGACCAUUUGCGUUCCGAUCCCGCGCUUGCCGAAUUCCUGAUCCCAAUGAUCAGCUACGAGCAGCUACUGAAGACGUCGCCGCGGGUGUUGCGUCUCCGUAAGCUAAAGGCAAAUGCCUCGUACAUCAAAUAUCAGGAGCAGUUGCUCAACAAAACGAAGAUGAAAGCGGCCAACAUAGCCCCGCUGCGCAUCCUUCUGGAAACGAUGCGUUUGCAUAAGUAUAAGGGAGAGACAUCUGCGAUUAGCCCGAAGAGGUCAAACUUUUUAUAUAAUGUCUACGCGGCCUCAUUUGGACACAACAAGGCCCUGGGCAAGCGGCUGCACAUAACCUUAAAUCUGGAAAAGUUGUACUUAGGCAAAUGCCUUAAUGGCCGCCAUCGGUCGAUUAAUUAUCUGGAUGCGCUUGUGGCUCUCGCUUUCGGCUUUUAUAAGACCGACACCAACAGCAGUAAAGUGAACUAUUGGUCCGAUCGAACUGGCAAGCUCAAGGCGCUUCCCUGGACUAAGGAAAUGACAGUGGUGGAGGCAACGGAAUGUUGCAAAACCCAAUUGGUUCAGAAGACCAAGCAGGUGCUCGCAGAAGUAAUGAUCAGCGCUCUGAAGGAUAAUAACACAUAUGAUGUAUUCUUGAUCGUGGUGCCGGGCGCCACUCGUGGAAAUCCCUAUAAUAGCGCUAACCGAUUGGCCGCCCUCCUGGAGAAGUAUCGCGAGGAGCGAAAGUGUAAUGCCAAGUUGAUUAUUGUGAGCUUGCGGCAGAGCCACAAGUCCAUGGAGUACUCGACUGUGCUCAAACAGAAUGUGCUCGAGCUGUGCGGCGUGAGCGAGUACACGCCACAAAUCAUAAACGCCUUUGCGAGCGCAAAGUUCCACUAGGAGGGAAAGGUGUGGCCACAGGAGAGCUACAGAGCAGAGCGCAAGGGACGAGUGCUCCAUCUCUUUCGCUUUCAUGACGCUAGGGUGACAGUCCCCCCCCCCCCCCUUCCCCCCUCCACCCAUAUAAUAAUGAUAUUAGCUAUAAUGUUAGUUCACACACACUCAUACACACCUGCAUCCAACACACACACAGACACACAGAAACAUAGAAACAGAAAGCGACUUUAGUUCUGAUGUAACGCUCGUAUUGAGUACUCGAUUUUUUAGAUUUUAGAUUUGUAUCCACCAUUUGAACUGUAUAUCAGAUAUAUUGCUGCUAGUGCUUCAGGCAAAUGAUUUUGUUUUUAGAAAUCAAACUGAAUCCACUGAACUGAACUCGAAUCUAAAUUCAAUUUGGAUUUAAAACAAUCCCAAAGCAUCUGAGCGGAAAGAAGUUAGAAAGAACAAACACACACCAAAACGUAAAUGUAGCACAGAAACUAAAACUAAAAACUAACAAAAACUGAAACUGAAACCGAAACAACAAAUUGCCUUACAAACAAAAAAUGUUAGUUAAACUUUCAUUUUAGUUGAGACUUUCAAAAUACGAAAUACGGGCAUCGAAACGUACUGAAACACAAAUUAUGGCAUUUAGAUAAAGAUAAAACAAGUAAACUAAUCAUUAAUCAUUAAUCAGAAACAUAAACAAAAAGAAAAGACCGAAAACAUAUGUAAACCUAAACAUAGCCUUAGCUUAAAAUAGUCCAAGUCCAAGCAAUAAUGAAUAUCAGCUACAUACGUGCAUAUGUACUAUAUAUGUAUAUGUUUAUGUAUAUGUAUAUCCUCGGGUCGAAUCGAAUCAAAUGAAUCAUUAGCUUAAUAGUCGGAACGCGUACAAGGCAAAAAGAUACUCCCAAUGUGCCAUACACAUACACACACACACACACACGCAACACAGACACUCACAGAAACAACCAUGAAUCAGUAUAAUUAUUAAGAUUGCGAAAUCGCCGAGAUACCCCAUAGUUGAGAACAAUAACGAGAGGAAACGCCAACCAAUUCGACUAAACAAAAAUUAGCUAAGCGAAAUUAUACUUAAAUUAAAAUUAAAAUUACAUUUACUGGUAUACAGAGCAUAGAAAAAACAAUUUGGAUGUUAAGAAAAACUUGUAACUAACAAGCAUGAAAAAUAAUGAAAACAAAACAAAAACAAAAAAAAAAUAGGAAAUAUUUCCACGGACAUUUCUAAUCAAAAUGUUUCCACACGCAUCUGUGAAGUAAACCGUUGUGAUCGCCUUAAUUUUUGCUUUACACAAAACAAAAACAAAACAAAAAUGUAACACAAAACUACAAAACAUCCAGAACUAGAACAAAAACUAAAACGAUAACGAUAACAAGAGGAUACAUACAUAUAUAAGUUACAUUCUGUAUAGUUUGUGAACUCGAAAUAUAGAAAUACCGGUGUCCUACUGGAGCUGGAGCGUAACGUAACCGAAAAGUACCUUUACAAGAAAGAAAACAAAAGCUGCAACUGAAACUAAGAAAAACAAACAAAGCAAACAAUUUGAAUUACACCAAAAUGGCACAGCACACACAAAUCAAGCAAAACUACACUACAAUGUAUUCAAUUAACCCGCGCUGCCUGGCUCUUAAGCACACACGAAUUAGAUAGAUCAAAGAAUAGACGAUCCGAACACAUACACACAAAAACACACACACACAUAUAUAGACUUUAAAUAAUUUUGAAAAUAAACUGAAUAUUGAUUCCGAAUCAGUCUUCAUAGGUAGUUUUUAUUUUGUAUUUCUUAUUUUGGAUAUUCUUUUACUAAAAAACAUAGAUGUAAGAAACAUUUGUAAACUCUUACAAAGAGAUCUACCCCCAAAGAGAA